AUGUUACAAUGUUUCGAGUGUGAACCAAAAAAUUACAACUUUCUUAUAACAUCCGAUAAUGUUCCUUCGGCGUUUAACUGUACAAGAAUUGUUACACCAAAUAAAUUUUGUUCAUUGGAUAUUUGGACAGUUGAUAAUGGAACAAAAAGUGAUCUUCGAGUAACUGCAUUUUAUAAUCCUGAGAAAAGAGAUGUUCCCUAUGUUUUGACUGGAUUUACUCUACAUAGUAGUGGGAAUUUUUCUACGUAUAUUUUAUAUCACUGUUUAACAGAUAACUGUAAUAAUCCUGGAGUUGUUCUCAAACGUUUACUUGAAUCAACAACAACUGAAAUUAAAGCACCUAGUCGAUCAUCUGUGGAUCAAUCAAAAUUAUCAACUUCUAUCGAAUGUUUUAUCUAUUCAAAUUUUACAAAUUCAAGUGAAUGCAAACCAGCACGUCGAACAACAGAUAAAGAAGAAGGAAAUUGCUCAUUUUGUACAACAUUCAUUAAUAUUGAUCCAAACCAUUUACUAACAGAAAGAGUAUGUUCAUAUUGUGAAACCUCUUCACAGUCAAUUGAAAAAUGGAAAUAUAUUGAUGGAAGAAUUCAUUUAUUAAAUGAUCGUGUUAGUUAUUUAGACUAUGUGUCCUAUGUUUGCAAUGCAACAAACAAUUGUAAUUCACUAGAAAAUAUUAAAAAUAUACAAAGAACAUAUAAAAUUGAAUUUAAUUUUGAUAAAUUUUUAGGACCUAUCAGUAUUGGAAAUAUUAAUAUAUAUUAUUCAAAGUAUAUGAUUUAUUUUUCAAUGGUUUUUUGCUUAAUCUAUUAUUUGUAA